AUGACGGUCGAAUGCACCGCGAACAGACAUUGUAGCGAUUGCAGAUUUUCGGGGGCAAAAAAGGUUUGCGACAAAACUUCGAAGCGAUGCGUCGACGUUGAGUGCCUGCGAAAUAACGACUGCGGGGAAAGGGCAAUUUGCGAGGAGCAAUCAUGUGUUGCUGUCGAGUGUGAGAAGAACAGCCAUUGUGGAAUGCGCGAGAUCUGCAGCUACAACAAAUGUCGAGCUGUCGAGUGUGUCAGCGACAUGGAAUGUGGGGAAAAUGAAUUCUGCAAUUCAGACAAAAGAUGCCAGCCAGAAAAUUAA